AUGGCAAGCACGGUAUCAUCACCACUUGUUGUCGUUGUAUCCGGUGGUGGACCAGUUGGACUGACCUUUUCACUUAAUCUUACCAUGAUGAUGGGUAAACAUGCCAAAAUUAUUAUUUAUGAAGGUCGGUGGUUUGUUGAUGAACAUGGCGUCACUCGUUGUCAAGGUGAAGAAGAAGGCAAUACUCGUCGUGAUCAAGUCGUUACUUUACAAGAUCAUGUUAUUAAUCAAAUGCCUUCUUUUAUUCAAGAAGGUCUUUUUCAAAAUAUAAAUGAGCGUGUAUGGCCAACAUCAAGAAAUAUUCCAAUAAGAGAAGUUGAAGAUCGACUUUUCGAUUUAAUUCAACCAUUUGUUCAAAAUGGCCAAGUUGAAUUAAUUCCUGAACAAUUAAAUGAACAAUCUAAUCAUUUGAUCGAAGGCAAUUUUGAUGUAUUAGUGGGUGCUGACGGAUCGAAUUCAUUUGUUCGCCGCUAUUGUAAUAUUAAAAUGAUAAGUGAAGGUAUCGAAUAUGCAUGUGGUGUAGCAUAUGAUAUACCACAAGAUGUGAUAUUAUCACAUGAACCUCUUCAUCAAGCACUUAAUUGCAUAUUAACGAUUUCGCAAACACGUUAUCUAGUGAACUCGUCAACGAGUCGUCGAGGUUAUCUUAAUAUUCGUUUAAUUCACAAUGAAUAUGAAGAAUUAUCUGAAUGUUUACAAAAAUUUCAAAAGUAUAAUGAAUCAUUAGAUUUAUUAGAUUAUAAUAAAUAUCCACAAUCACCUGUAUGGUCAAUUGUUCGACAAGGAUUGGAGUUUUUUAAAAUACCUGCAGAAUAUGUUUUUCGUGUUGUACCAAUUAAGAUUGAUGUUCGACAUGCGUCGAUUGUUGUUCGAGAACUUCGUUUUGAAAUUAACAAAACACAACAAAGAACAUCAUCAUCGAAUGAUUCAACAUCGACAAUAGAGAAUGCAAGUGGUAGUGAGAAAAAACAAUUUAAGACAAUGCUAGCAUGUCUUGUUGGUGAUGCAGCAAUGAAUGUGCAUUUCUGGCCUGGUCGAGGUAUGAAUAGUGGAAUGAAAGCAGCUAUGGCACUUGCUCGAAAUAUUCUUCGUUCAUGUACAUCCAAAAUAUCACCUCAUUCGAUCGAAGUUCGUAUUCCACUUCGAUUUCUCGAUUUUCUCGACUAUGAAGGUUUCAUGGCUCGUCUUCGAGCACGUGAACAACAAGGUCGUUCAUUACGUGUUCUUGUGGAUCCGAUCGAUGCGAGUGUUGAAGAAGCUUAUACCUAUGCUCAUUUGAUUCCUUGUUAUAACACAUAUAAAAGGAAGUUAAAUGAAAAGUUGAAAGAGACACGACAACGUCUUGAGGAACGUUUCGAUUGGCCUCAUCAAACAACACUGGUGACUGAUGAAGAAUUACAAUAUGCAUGUAAUAGAAUUUCUCUUCAUGCUGUCGCUCAACUGUCAUUAGCUAAUCCAUGGCCAACACGAGAGAUGAGUGGUAUUGAAGUCCUUGUCGAAGAUACUUUUCCAUUCAAACAAGAACAAUUUUUAUCUGUACCAACGAUAGGCGAAGCUACUUCAGUCCAUGCACCAAGCAGUAUCGUCCGUCAACGCUUUCUCAUUUUAUGGAUCGUCGGUGAUACGAUGAGUGGAAAUACAAAGAAUAUUAUUGAUUCAAUUCGAAGUUCUCCUAAUUUCGUCGAUCCAUCAACAACAACAGUAGCAAAGACAACAAAUCAGCUACUAAAUUCAUCCAUGGAAGGUUUUCAUAAGUUACAUGUAGUUCAUACUAUCAAAGAAGCUCAAAAUUGGAUAAACGACAAUUGUGAAAGUUUACGACAACAGGAUAUUCUCUUCAAAGUUAUUACUACAUGGUCACUGAACAAAGAAAAAACGGCAAUAGAUGUAAUUCGAGCAGUUCGUGCUGAUGGAUCACGUGUUCCCGUAUUAAUUUAUACAAAUGAACAUGAAGAAAUACAGUCGGCACUUGAAUUUCCAAAUGUUAUUGCUACGGAUAUGAAAUUUGAAUUGUAUGAAUUUGUCGGAAUUAAUCAAGAGACACAGUGGGAUCCAGGCUGCCCUGUAUCACCCAGCAAUAACUCAACAAAUAUUUCAGUUCAACCUAAAGUGGAAGCUCCCAAAUCAAUAAACGAUCAGUCAUGUGUCUUCGGCCAAGAUACUCAAAUCUCAUGGAAAUUCAGCGGCAUCGAGAAACCACAAGUGACAUGGUUUCUCAAUAGUCAACCUCUUCCAACCAACGAUCGCUUUCAAUUGACUGAAACUGAUGAUGGAACAUCGAUACUAGUGAUUCGUCAAGCUGAACUCGCCGAUCAAGGUGUCUACACUGCUAAAGCAACCAAUUCUGUUGGUGAAGCUGAAGCCAAAACUACUUUGUUCAUCAUUUGUAUUAAACCCGUUAUCGAAUUUGAUCUUGGUGCUCCUCUGCAAGCCAUAAAAGGAGAAGCCAUGACACUUAAAAUCGCUGCAAGUGGAGCACCGAAGCCCGACAUUAUUUGGAUGAGAGUAAUAGGAAAGAAUAAAACGUCAACUGAAUGGAUAGCUGUCAGCCUUAAUGUUACUGGUGCUUCGACAAUGACUGGUGCUGGCAUAACAGAAGCAAACAGAGCGACACACGUCAGUCAGGUUCAAAACGAUCGAGCUGCAGCAGCCGCCAGCGCCGUAAACACUGAAUUCUUCUCCACCAACAAAAAGGUCAGACGAUAA